GGAAAAGCGGCAGUAGCCGCAGUUGCCGCCGCCAAGCCGGACACACGUUCCCCGGGGCCCCGGGCCAGGAGCCGUGCGCCAUGAAGUGUUAAGGAGCCCGCUGUGGGGUGGCAGGGCCGGGGCGGGUGGGGGGAGCAGCCAGGUACGGCGGCGGAGCACGCGGGAGGAGCGGUGGCGGCAGCAGCGGCAGCGGGAAACCCGGCGGGUGCCAAAGUCGGAUCUGAGCGCUGAAUGUCAGACAGGUAGCUCCUGAUUGUCAGCAGAAUGAAUAGGGAAAGGGACUCAGAAACUACAAUUGAGGAGGACUCUCAACCCAAUGAUGAAGUGGUUCCCUAUAGUGAUGAUGAAACAGAGGAUGAACUUGAAGAGCAAGAGCCUGCAGUUGAACCAGAGCAAAACCGUGUCAACAGAGAAGCAGAAGAAAAUCGAGAGCCAGUCAGAAAAGAAUGUACAUGGCAAGUGAAGGCAAAUGAUCGGAGCUUCCAUGAACAGCCCCAGUUUAUGAAUACAACGUUUUUUUGUUUGAAAGAAAGUAAAUAUGCGAGUAAUGCAAUAAAAACCUACAAGUACAAUGCAAUUACCUUUCUACCAAUGAACUUAUUUGAACAGUUCAAGAGGGCUGCCAAUUUCUAUUUCCUGAUCCUCCUUAUCUUACAGGCAAUUCCUGAAAUAAGUACCCUGGCAUGGUAUACAACACUUGUGCCUUUACUUUUGGUGCUGGGCAUCACUGCAAUCAAAGAUCUUGUGGAUGAUGUUGCUCGCCAUAGAAUGGAUAAAGAGAUAAACAAUAGGACAUGUGAAGUUAUCAAGGAUGGCAGGUUCAAAACCGUAAAGUGGAAAGAGGUUCAAGUUGGAGAUGUCAUUCGUCUGAAAAAAAAUGACUUUAUUCCUGCUGACAUUCUCCUCCUGUCCAGCUCAGAGCCUAACAGCCUCUGUUAUGUAGAAACUGCUGAAUUAGAUGGGGAAACAAAUUUAAAGUUCAAAAUGUCACUUGAAGUAACAGAUCGAUAUCUCCAAAAAGAGAGUGCAUUGGCAGCAUUUGAUGGUUUUGUUGAAUGUGAAGAACCAAAUAAUCGACUAGAUAAGUUUACAGGAACACUUUUCUGGAGAAAUACAAGUUACCCAUUGGAUGCAGAUAAAAUUUUGCUGCGUGGCUGUGUUAUUAGAAAUACUGAUUUUUGCCAUGGCUUGAUCAUUUUUGCAGGAGCUGACACCAAAAUCAUGAAAAAUAGUGGGAAGACCAGGUUCAAAAGGACUAAAAUUGAUUACCUAAUGAACUACAUGGUUUACACGAUCUUUGUUCUCCUUAUACUCCUUUCUGCUGGUCUAGCUAUUGGACAUGCUUACUGGGAAGCACAGGUUGGUAAUUAUUCUUGGUACCUGUAUGAUGGAGAAGACUAUACACCUUCAUAUCGUGGAUUCCUUAAUUUCUGGGGCUAUAUCAUCAUUCUGAAUACCAUGGUACCCAUCUCUCUUUAUGUCAGUGUUGAAGUCAUUCGUCUUGGACAGAGUUAUUUCAUAAACUGGGACUUACAAAUGUAUUAUCCUGAGAAGGACACUCCAGCAAAGGCUAGAACAACCACAUUAAAUGAACAGCUGGGGCAGAUUCAUUACAUUUUCUCUGAUAAGACAGGAACAUUAACACAGAAUAUCAUGACAUUUAAAAAGUGCUGCAUUAAUGGACAAAUAUAUGGGGAACACAGGGACUCAUCCCAGCAUCACCACAGCAGGAUAGAUGAAGUCGAUUUUAGUUGGAAUACAUAUGCAGAUGGAAAACUUGUAUUUUAUGACCAUUAUCUAAUUGAACAAAUCCAGUCAGGGAAAGAGUCUGAAGUUCGACAAUUCUUCUUUUUGCUUGCAAUUUGUCAUACUGUUAUGGUGGAGAGGACUAAUGAACAAAUCAACUACCAAGCAGCUUCUCCAGAUGAAGGGGCUCUAGUCUCUGCUGCCCGCAACUUUGGUUUUGUCUUCCUUGCAAGAACACAGAACACUAUCACAAUAAGUGAGAUGGGAGUGGAAAGGACAUACGAUGUUUUGGCUAUCUUAGAUUUUAACAGUGAUCGAAAAAGAAUGUCCAUAAUUGUAAGAACACCAGAAGGUCAUAUUAGACUUUAUUGUAAAGGUGCUGACACUGUUAUUUAUGAACGGCUGCAUCCAAUGAAUCCUACCAAACAGGAAACACAGGAUGCCCUAGAUAUUUUUGCAAAUGAGACUCUUAGAACAUUGUGCCUUUGCUACAAAGAAAUUAGUGAAAGUGAGUAUGCAGAAUGGAAUAAAAAAUUCAUGGCUGCCAGUGUAGCCUCUACUAAUCGAGAUGAAGCCCUGGAUAAAGUUUAUGAAGAAAUUGAAAAAGAUCUAAUUUUGUUGGGAGCUACAGCUAUUGAAGACAAACUACAAGAUGGAGUCCCAGAAACAAUUUCGAAACUUUCAAAAGCAGACAUUAAGAUCUGGGUGCUUACUGGAGACAAGAAAGAAACAGCUGAAAACAUAGGAUUUGCUUGUGAACUUUUGACAGAAGAUACUACAAUCUGCUAUGGUGAAGAUAUUAAUGCUCUUUUACACACAAGGAGAGAAAAUCAGAAGAAUAGAGCAGGGGUUUAUGCAAAAUUCGCUCCUGCUGUGAAUGAACCUUUCUUUCCAACUGGUGGACACCGGGCUUUAAUCAUCACUGGAUCCUGGUUGAAUGAAAUUCUUCUAGAAAAGAAGACAAAGAGAAGCAAAAUCCUGAAACUGAAAUUUCCCAGGACAGAAGAGGAAAGACGAAUACGUACUCAGAGUAUAAGGAGACUUGAAGCUAAUAAAGAACAACAACAGAAGAAUUUUGUGGAUUUAGCAUGUGAGUGCAGUGCAGUCAUCUGCUGCAGGGUCACCCCCAAACAGAAGGCCAUGGUGGUGGACCUUGUGAAGAAAUACAAGAAAGCCAUAACACUGGCUAUUGGAGAUGGUGCCAAUGAUGUGAAUAUGAUUAAGACUGCCCACAUUGGUGUUGGCAUAAGUGGACAAGAAGGCAUGCAGGCAGUCAUGUCUAGUGAUUACUCUUUUGCUCAGUUCAGAUAUCUGCAAAGACUGUUGUUGGUCCAUGGUCGAUGGUCCUACAUCAGGAUGUGCAAGUUUCUCAGAUACUUCUUCUACAAGAACUUUGCAUUCACUUUGGUUCACUUCUGGUAUUCUUUCUUCAAUGGGUACUCAGCACAGACUGCUUACGAAGAUUGGUUCAUCACACUGUACAAUGUGCUAUAUUCAAGCCUCCCUGUGCUGUUAGUUGGCUUAUUGGAUCAGGAUGUGAGUGACAAAUUGAGUCUUCGAUUCCCCAGCCUAUAUGUAGUAGGACAAAGAGACUUAUUGUUUAACUACAAGAAAUUCUUUAUAAGCUUGUUCCAUGGGGUCUUAACAUCAAUGAUCCUCUUUUUUAUACCACUUGGGGCUUAUCUACAAACCAUGGGGCAAGAUGGAGAAGCACCUUCAGACUACCAAUCCUUUGCUGUUACGGUAGCAUCUGCUCUAACAAUAACAGUUAAUUUUCAGAUUGGCUUGGAUACUUCCUACUGGACUUUUGUGAAUGCUUUUUCCAUUUUUGGGAGCAUUGCUCUUUACUUUGGCAUCAUGUUUGACUUUCACAGUGCAGGAAUCCAUGUUCUCUUCCCAUCUGCUUUCCAAUUCACAGGAACUGCUCCAAAUGCCCUAAGACAGCCAUAUCUUUGGUUGACCAUCAUUUUAACUGUUGCAGUGUGCUUGCUUCCCAUUAUUGCCUUACGUUUCCUGUCUAUGACAAUCUGGCCAUCAGAAAGUGAUAAGAUUCAGAAAAGUCGUAAAAAGUAUAAAGCAGAAGAGCAAUGGCAACGAAGGCAAAAUGUGUUUCGAAGGGGAGUAUCAUCUCGUCGCUCUGCUUAUGCUUUCUCCCAUCAGCGGGGAUAUGCUGACCUCAUCUCCUCAGGACGCAGCAUACGCAAAAAGCGAGCUCCAUUGGAUGCAAUAAUAGCUGAUGGAACUGCAGAAUAUAGACGAACUGUUGACAGCUGAUGUGAAUUUUUUUCAUGAAAAUAGUUCUAAUAGAAUAAUUGCACAAAGAAAAAGAUACCUAUAUAUACAUAUUAUAUAUAUUUUUAUGACCAACUCUCAGGACUUUUUUUUAAAUUGAAUUUGAUACAAGGAUAUUGAAGAUGAAUGACCUUUAUACAUGAAAAACUGCUUGGUUGGGACUAUUAAAAAUUAAGCCAAGAAUGGGUAUUUUUAAAAUUCCUUUAAUCAAACAUUUAUACUUGUGAAACUAAAACUUGUGCAAAAAUACUUGUUACUCAAAAGGUUUGUUUUUUUAAAUCUUAAACUCAUUGUUAUAUGACAUUUGAAACAGCAAGAAAAAAUUGUUAAUACUUAAGAUAUGUAAAAAAUGAAAACUAAUGUCUCCUGUCAGAAUUAUUCAACAUAAAUAACCAAGAUGUGCAUUUAGCCCUCUAUGUCACUAUAUUAAUAUGAAUUUUCUCUCAAGUAGAUACCAGCAAAAGAGUAUAAUUUAAAAUUCCUUAUCUUGGAGCUGAGAGUUCCAAAAGCUUCUGCAGAGUCAUAAAUGGGCUGCAUGGUUUUAUGCUCUCUUGCUUUUAGGAUAUUUGGUUUAACAAAUUAGUGCAAUCAAAAAAAGCACAUUGAAUUUGGCAUUACUUGUCCUUUGUUUCUUUUUAGUGGAAAUCCAAUAUAGAACAUUAAAACAAUUUUUCAUCUUCUCCAAGUAUGUUGUUUUGGAAAGCUCCUCAAGACCUACUGUAAGAACCUUCUCUUCUUAAAAGAAAAUCUACAUUUUUUGUUUGUAAUACAACUGUAUAAAUGUGGAAAAUAGUGAUAAAUCACCAAGUAUUUUGCAGAGCUUUCUUUUGAGAAGCAAACUUUUGUGCCUAUCUAUAUAUAUAUAAAGUAUUUUUAUAAGGGAAAUGAGUAACAGAGACCUCAUUCUUCUUCACUAGGAUGUUUCUAGAGCUGCCUUAAGGAAAAGAAAAGGAUAUUAUUAAUCACAUUUUGAAGGAUGUUAGUAUGUGUUCAUUUCAAAUUAUCAUUUUAGUUUAAUUAUGGGAAGCAUCCUUUAAAGAGGUGAAAACUUUUUGUCCAAAGGAUUUCCUUAUUCUGUCAAGAACAUACACUAGUUUCUUUUGCUAGUGAAGAUAUAAACAUGUUUCACCAAUACUGCCUUCUACCAACACGCUGCUACUCAAUGUUAAAAAUGUUUGCCUGUAACAUUAAAGGAGUUUUAAAAUGUAUAUAGUUCUUCCAGGUGCGACAAGAGAAUGUAUAGUUCUUCAUUAUUGUGGAAAUAAAUUAAGAAAGUUUACAACUUUUCCUUUAUCAUGUGAAUAAAAAGGAAUGUAAAACUUGCUCUUUUUUUUUAGGCAAUUGGGGUAAGUGACUUGUCCAGGGUCACACAGCUAGGAAGUGUUAAGUGUCUGAGACCAGAUUUGAACUCAGGUCCUCCUGACUUCAGGGCUGGUGCUCUAUCCUCUGCACUACCUAGUGCCCCUACUUUUUUUUUUUUUUUAAACAAAGAUAAACUGAGUGUAUAAUUCUUUCAAUUUCAUAUUUCUUUUCUGUUUUGUGCUAAUUGAAUGUGGGAAAGAUUGACAAUGCGAAUGUGUCAAAGACAUACUGUAGGGUGCAAUAUUAAUCUUAAUAUGCAAAUUGCUUAUUUCCUUUUAUCUUGUAAAUCUGAGAUUUUAUGUGUAAAUAUUUUGUUUAAAGAGUAAUAAAUGUUUUAGUAAUA